GCUAGCGCUCCGUCACUUACCGCAGAGUCCGUUAUUUUACUUAAUAUUUAACUUAAUGUUUAACCGUUAUUUAACACAUAUCCGCAAGAGCUACAUAAAAAUGCAUCGGAGUUUUUUAUAACUUGUUUAUGUGUGGCUGCUUUAGAAACGUUCCCAAUUCAGAAUUUAAUAAUGUCUUUAAAAGACACAGAGAAGAUCUUUACCUCUUUCAUAGAAAGAUGGCAGUGGAAUGAUAAAGUAUGAGUGUAGAAGAAUGUCCAUAUUGUGGAAAGCCCUUCAAGAGGCUGAAAACCCACCUCUCUCACUGUAAAAUGGCACCAGUUGUACAACCCAAGAAAAGCAUUCAAGCACCCAAAGGAUUGAGUGCAACCAUUUCCAGACAGAAGAUCUAUAAAAAGACAGCAACAACAGAAAUAAAUAAUGUCAUAUUUGAUGAGACACUAACCUCCAAAGGAAGAAGGAAAGAUGAUAUUCACAAUGCAGACAGUCUUCACACAACUACUGAGGUCAAAGUCCCAUCAGCUCAGACUCGGAACACGGAGAGGCCUAAAAGCACAUGGCUUACUAAAAGACAGAAGGAACUUGAGAGAUUACAGUUGUUAGUGACAGUCUCAAAGAAGCCAAGCAACUCUACCUCAUUAUCCAACAACGAAGGAGAUAAAAGCUUUUGUGAGAUCUCCAAAAGACCAAAACAGGGAACAUCUCAAAGUAAUGGAAAAGGUACUAAAGGCAAAAAGAAACUAGAGAUGGCACCAUUAUCAGAGCACUUGUCCAUCACCAAGAGUAAAAUCAAUACCCCUGGAUUUGUUCCAGCAAUUCUUAAAAAUUGCAGUGUGCAACAUGAAAAACCAAAACUCAAAGUUAACUUCUUGGAGGAGCUUGAAAGACUGAACAGUCAGAACAAGGAUUGUGAUCUAGUAUCAAGUGCAAAAGAGCAUAAAGCUCAUACUUUCUUUUUAUCCAAGACUUCUGUGUGGGAGCACAUCAAUGACAGUUUGUAUUACAAGAGGUCUUAUAUGUUUGUGCCUUAUCCUACUAUGGAAACAUCUGAAGAUUCUUCUUUGGAGACCAAUGCGAUUUCUAUUGUGCAACAAUCAAACAAACCCGAAACAGCAGUUACCAAGGUUGCCAUUCCAACCUCACCCACUUUAACUGAAACCUUCAUUCAUCAACCCACAGAAGACAUCCUAAAUUCAAGAUUGCAAGGCAUCAGAAUUCUAUCAUGGAGUCCAGAGAUAGUGACUACUUGCAAAAGAACACAGUUCUCCACAGAACCUUUAGGCAGCUAUGCUAAUGAAUGCAUUUGGAUUAAGGAUCAGUCUGCUGGACCAGCGGCCCAAAGUGAAGUGCCUGUAGUGCAGCGGAAACUUGGAGAUGUCAGGUUGAAUGAACUUAGUGUCUGGCUUGGCGCUCGAACUCCUGUGUCACCCAGAGAGAUUGUAACCAUGUUGAAGCAAGGAUGGCAGUGGUACUACAGGAAGUAUAUUGAUGUUCGUAGAGGAGGAAUCGGUGGGAUAUCCAUGCUGUUGACUGGAUACUGUGUCCUGUGUUACAUAUGGAACUACCCAUAUCUCAGUGAGUCUGAAUUAAUGUCAUCAUCCCAUAAUCAUUGACACGCAUAAAUAAAAUGUCUUGUUUUAUGCUGUUUUAUAGAGAAAGAACGCUGGAGAAAGUACCAUUAAGGACGUUUGAUGGUCUUCAUAAUUGUAGCACACUUUGGAGAAGCAGCAGCUUUGUGUUCAGGGCCAUGAGGGCACAAUAAGAUUAAUAAUUAAUAGGACAAUAUUAUAACACCAGCAACUAGUAGUUCACUGCAAUAUGAGGUUUGCUGUAUUUUUGUUAGAAUGUGUUAGUAUUUUCUGGAAGCAUGGAUAAUCGAGUUAUCUUAUUAUAUUUU